ACACUAUGACACUAUCACACUACGUCAUAAAGCAUUAGAUUAGGGCGACGACUUAGAAAAUACUUUGACACUUUCUAUAAUAAUUAUUGUUGGAUUUAUCACAUUGUGGCAAUUUCUAAAGCUAAAUAUUUGUGUGUUUCUUAAGUUUUACCCUUUUGUUGAUAUAAACAUUUUAUCAGGAUGUACCCCGUUGGUCAAGCUCCAGCGGGGGACACGAAUGCUGGUGCGGUGAGUGUUGCGGGGGCAGUGACCGCGGCUGCGAGCACGACUGGUGCUGCGCCCGGAGUCCCCAGCACUGCCCCCGCGGCCGGAGCGACCACACCUGGGGCAGCUGGUGCCGCGGGUGCCAUGAGCCUCGUGUCGCCUGCUGCACCGCUCGCAGAACUACCGACCCUCACAUGCCCGAGACGUCCCAACCUCGGCCAUGAGGGAAGGCCGAUUAUGCUACGGGCUAACCAUUUUCAAAUAUCCAUGCCCAGAGGAUUUGUUCAUCAUUACGAUGUUAAUAUACAACCUGAUAAAUGCCCAAGAAAGGUCAAUAGAGAAAUUGUUGAAACUAUGGUUCAUUGUUACAAUAAAAUAUUUGGAGCACUCAAGCCUGUGUUUGAUGGCAGAAAUAAUCUUUACACAAGAGAUCCACUGCCUAUUGGGAAUGACAAGGUUGAAUUGGAGGUUAUAUUGCCUGGCGAGGGAAAAGACAGAGUGUUCCGAGUCAGCAUCAAAUGGGUUGCACAGGUGUCACUGUUUGCUCUAGAAGAAGCUCUUGAAGGUCGAACAAGGCAGAUUCCUUAUGACGCUAUCUUAGCUUUGGAUGUAGUCAUGCGGCAUCUACCAUCUAUGAUGUAUACACCAGUUGGCCGAUCAUUUUUCUCAUCUCCAGAAGGAUAUUAUCAUCCACUUGGUGGGGGUAGAGAGGUUUGGUUUGGUUUCCAUCAGUCCGUGAGGCCUAGCCAGUGGAAAAUGAUGCUUAACAUUGAUGUUUCUGCAACCGCCUUUUACAAAGCACAGCCAGUCAUAGAAUUUAUGUGUGAAGUACUUGACAUUCGAGAUAUUAAUGAUCAAAGAAAGCCAUUGACAGACUCGCAAAGAGUUAAAUUUACAAAAGAAAUCAAAGGACUCAAAAUAGAAAUCACUCAUUGUGGUACAAUGAAGAGGAAAUACAGGGUGUGUAAUGUGACCCGCAGACCUUCUCAGAUGCAAUCAUUUCCUCUACAGCUAGAAAAUGGACAAACAGUGGAAUGUACUGUAGCCAAAUAUUUCUUGGAUAAGUACAAGAUGAAGUUACGGUAUCCACAUUUGCCAUGUUUACAAGUAGGUCAGGAGCACAAACACACAUACCUACCUCUGGAAGUAUGCAACAUAGUGCCGGGUCAGAGAUGUAUUAAAAAGCUGACUGACAUGCAAACAUCUACCAUGAUCAAAGCGACAGCUCGCUCCGCUCCCGAUAGGGAAAGGGAAAUCAACAACUUGGUGCGUCGUGCGAACUUCAACACAGAUCUGUACGUGAAGGAGUUUGGUCUAACGAUCUCAAACAACAUGAUGGAGGUCCGUGGCCGAGUGUUACCUCCGCCUAAACUACAGUAUGGCGGCCGUGUCUCGUCACUUGGUGGACAGCAAGCGUUGCCUAAUCAAGGCGUGUGGGACAUGAGAGGCAAGCAGUUCUUCAUGGGUGUUGAGAUAAGAGUGUGGGCCAUUGCUUGCUUCGCGCCUCAGAGGACUGUUAGAGAAGACGCCUUGAAAAACUUCACACAGCAGCUUCAAAAGAUAUCUAACGACGCCGGCAUGCCUAUCAUCGGGCAGCCGUGCUUCUGCAAGUACGCGACAGGGCCGGACCAAGUGGAGCCCAUGUUCAAAUAUCUUAAGAGCACCUUCGUUCAGUUGCAGCUUGUUGUUGUUGUUCUACCGGGAAAAACUCCUGUAUAUGCUGAAGUGAAACGCGUAGGAGACACAGUACUCGGCAUGGCGACGCAAUGUGUUCAAGCUAAGAACGUGAACAAAACAUCGCCGCAGACGCUAAGCAAUUUGUGUCUGAAGAUCAACGUUAAGCUCGGCGGUAUCAACUCUAUACUCGUGCCGUCGUUACGUCCUAAGGUAUUCAACGAGCCCGUAAUAUUCUUGGGCGUGGACGUAACGCACCCGCCGGCGGGCGACAACAAGAAGCCGUCUAUAGCCGCCGUCGUUGGUUCCAUGGACGCCCAUCCUUCACGUUACGCGGCCACUGUUCGUGUGCAGCAACACAGCGAGGGCAGGUGUGCGAGUUGCACCGACUCACCGUUAGGGUUCUAUAAGCAAGAGAUAGUUCACGAAAUGAGCAGCAUGGUGCAAGAGUUGUUGAUAAUGUUCUACAAGAGCACGGGCGGGUUUAAGCCGCAUCGCAUCAUUAUGUACCGCGAUGGAAUAUCAGAAGGACAGUUUCUGCAUGUGUUACAACAUGAACUUACCGCAGUCAGAGAAGCUUGUAUCAAGUUGGAAGCGGAAUACAAGCCGGGUAUCACGUUCAUCGUGGUUCAGAAGCGGCACCACACGCGGCUGUUCUGCGCCGACAAGAAGGAGCAGUCGGGCAAGUCCGGCAACAUCCCCGCCGGCACUACCGUCGACCUCGGCAUCACGCACCCCACUGAGUUCGACUUCUAUCUUUGCAGUCAUCAGGGUAUACAGGGCACGUCGCGGCCGUCGCACUACCACGUGCUGUGGGACGACAACCACUUCGGGUCGGACGAGCUGCAGUGCCUGACGUACCAGCUGUGCCACACGUACGUGCGCUGCACGCGCUCGGUGUCCAUCCCCGCGCCCGCCUACUACGCGCACCUGGUCGCCUUCCGCGCGCGCUACCACCUGGUGGAGAAGGAGCACGACUCGGGCGAGGGCAGCCACCAGUCCGCCUGCAGCGAGGACCGCACGCCCAUCGCCAUGGCGCGCGCCAUCACCGUGCACGCCGUCACCAAGAAGGUCAUGUACUUCGCCUAACCGCCGCUACUCAGCCUGCCAGCCGCGGGGGCAGCUCGGUGCGUGUGUCGGCUCCGUAGACGAUCGCCGGGUGGAUCCCACGUUUUCUAUUAUUAUAAAUGAUUCUGAUAGAUAGACUGGAUCAAGUAAGUCUCAUAAAUCAUAUACAAAUAUUUGGUAUGAUUCCUCUUCAACAGUAAUUUCCCGCGAAGCGCCUACAUUUUUCAGGCGUUUUUUUUCGUGUUCUACUAUUUAUGCCGCUAUAGAAAUAAUGGGAUGCACCCCGAUUGUGAGAGCGGGGCACGGCGCCGUCCGGUCUCCUCGCUGUGAGAUAGAACUCCGCCUAUUUUCUGGUUGCUUAAAUCGAUGUCGAUGCCGACCGUUUUCUAUCAGGUUCUGUAUAGCCCCACGUGUUUCAUAUAGUCUAAUUUUAUAAUUGUUGUUAUGCUUUUACGAAGAUAGCUGUCCCAAUAUAAAAGACGUUUCACUUUUAUGAAAUUUUGGUAAUCGAAACGAAUACCGUUGACAAUUCUUUGAUGAUAUUUUGAAUAUUCAGACAAAUGCAAUACUGAUUACCUCAUGCAUGUAUUGUGUAGUGUAGUAAUCCCAUUCUCUCGAAGACUACGUGUCAUGGAUAUUGACUAUCUUCUAUGAAGCAUUUUGUAGGAUUCAACUUUAGGUCUUUAAAUAAAAUAAAGAAGUGCGAUUAAUUUAAUAAGUGCAUGUUUUAUCGUCAUUUGAAACUAAAAAUGAAUUGUUAGUGACAGUGAUAUGCAAAGAAAUAUAUUUUAUUAAAUAUAUAAAUAGGAACAAUCAAGUGCUCAUAAACUAGUUGAAAAUACUUUCAGGCUUUAAAACGGACAGGCCAUGAAUCAUAUCUUAAUUUUUAUGCAUAUUGACAUAAAGUUAAAAAAAUAGAAUAAUUACAUUUAUCACCUUCAUAUAUUCUGACACUUGAAUGAGGAUUAUUUCUGCUCAUCCUGGUCGAACGUGGGACAGCAGAUACCUGUCGAGUUCAUUAUAUUUUCAUUCAUUAUGAAAUAAAUAAAAUCAAAUAAAUGUCGUAUAUACUCAUCAUUUACAUUGGUAUCCGCUAUUAAUAAUUUAGUGAGAAAAUGUAUUAUGUUGCUUAUACUGCCUUUCCCUGUAUUAAUACGUAGCGCCCUCGCUCAAAUAGUCCUCAUUAGGUGCACAAUGCACACGUUUCUAUAAUAGUCAAAAUAAUCAUUACUUCGGACAAUUUACCAUAACAUGGAAAUAACUCGUGAGUGAUUAUUAUGUGUUCAGCUUUUAUGAAUAUAAUAUUUAAUUUCUAUCUUAUUUCUACGUUUAUCCUUAUAUUAAUUAUAAUAUUUUGUAUUGCACACACCACACGUACUCCACACGGCCACAAAUACAUUAUGUAUAUAAAUACACAGUAUGAAGAUACAGCCAACAUUAUUAUCACUGUAAAGAAUGUUAUUUUUAUUUUACAUUUUUAAGUUUAUUUUAAAAUAAGAAUUCUUUUAUAAUGUAUUUUUUAGCUUUAAGUUUUAUUUCAACUAAAAGUUGGGAAGAAGCUACGUUCUGACUUUAGGAGUUGGUGACAAAUGUUUUUUUGUAAUUAAGUAGUGUGGAAGCAAAUAAACAAAUUUUUACCAUAAAUUCUAUAUUUGGUGUUUCAAUUGGUCGCACGGUUUUAUUUUUUAGUUAGGUAACACUCGCGAGGUAACUGCCGUUAAAUAGGACUUUUGCAAUAAACGAUACAUCAAUAGACGUUCAGUAGACAUAGACAGAAUUGUCUAUAAACAUAAUAUAUACAUAAAUAAUUUAGUUUCUUAUCAUGAUAUAGCAUUAUAUUGAUGUAAAUAUGUAUAACAUAACACAUUUUCACAGUAAUAUCCUAAUAUUUGUGUCGUGUAAAUGUUUAACCGUUAACCUUAUUAACAAAAUUACUUUUCUUAUGUAUGAAAUGCCAUUUUAAUACCAAUAUAAAAUCUUGAAGUACCGUCCACUUGCAUGACAACUGGGUGAACAAAAUGAGCUUAAAACAUAUUCCAAACAUCUUUCUUUUCCAAGGAUGAAUACAGAAUGAUGAUUCUAAUAUGUUCAGCGGUAAUUGCGAUCGCUUAGUUGUCGAGCAAACGCGACUGUAUUUAAUCACACUUAAAAAUAAUAAACAAAUCGCGUCUUAUUUAUGGUAUUUAAGUAUAUACCUUUGCGUUCAUAUUUAUAUAAAAAAAUAAUAAUAAUUAUAAUAGUAUACAUAAGAUUGCUUUGUGUGCUUGCUUUUCUGCAUUGAUUAUGAUUAUUUUACAUUAACAACGUCGCGUUGUCUAGACCGAUUUCGGCUUUAAUUUAACCACAUCUAUUCUUGCUAAAACCUUCUAAUUAUUCAGUGAUGAUAUUUUUGUCACAAGUCAUUUCAUAGAUCUCGUCUAAGCCUUUUUAUCUGUCUUUAUGUGCACUUCAAUCUUCUACAAGAUCUUCCAUUAAAAAUGAACUAUUUUUUUCCAUUAAAGUUGGGAAAGGCGCCAUAUCAGGGUCAUAUGCGUAAUCAGUGCCACAGUAUUAAAUGUGAAAUCGCACAAACGUUACAGAACUAAUAAGUUCUAUUAAUAAUAUCGGCAACUCUUUCAAGUAGCUUUGCAUUUAAUUUAUUUCAUGAUAUGCAGCAAUUUCGUAGAUUAUAGGUUGUUGAGCUUUCCUGGCUAAGGGAUUUGAAGUCAUAGGCUUCGAAAGGCAGCCGAGGCAAAUAUUUUGAACUACUUCGCCAAUAGGGCAAAUAAACGGCCGAUAACAGUCCUUCGUAUAGAAUUCUCUCGUUGAUCAAAGUAGACCUUUGUCUUUUAGGACUUUGCUUUUUUAGUUGGUUGAUCAGUAGACAAGGGCUAAUAAUAUAGUCUAGGCUUUCGUUUAAAAAUAUUUUGUAAAAAGGGUAAAGAUAUUUAGGCCAAUCUUUUUGCGACAGUCGCUGCUUGACCAUUUCACUUGUAAAUUCGUCAAUCUUAAUGAACUUCAUUUUGUAGCAUUUUUAUGUAAUCACAUUAACUCUCCCUAAUGGUUCGAUAAGGGUUAAAAUUCACAAAUACUGGGUAUUAGACAUAGAUAACCAGUUCCGGGUGGAAUAUUGGUGCGAAUCAGCACGGGAAAAAUUAGGUCGUCAUAAAAUAAUAUAAUUAUGUCAAUAGAAAUAAAGACAGCUCUAUUUGAUGGCCGCGUGCUGAGCGUAAUUUAGCAAUAUGUAUGUAACAGGAGCCGCCUAUUUAUAACUAAGACUUUAGUGACGUACGCGUUAAGAAAAUAGACAGUCAUCUAUAAAGCUAUACUUUUAUUUGAUCAGAUCCCUUCCUAAAUUGUAUGCAAUAUUGUCCUAAACAGCUAAACGUGUAGAUAUAUUUGACGUAAAUUUAUUUUUAAAUACUUAAUUAUUAUACGUGUUACUCUGCCUGCAGAUAACCUCUGCAAGUUUUUUUGAUAACUUUUUAUUUUCUUAGCGCAAUCUUAAAAGAUCAGUUUUGAUAGAAAUAGUGAUCAAAAUGUAAUUGUUAAUAGUUUCUGGACAUUGAUCCUUCAGAAAUUAUUGAUUUAUAUAACUUUCUAUUCUUUCAUGGUUCAUAGGACUACGAUACUGUAAAAUAUAAUAUCAUUGUGUUCGUUAUUUAUCGAUCUUUCUCAUUACUGAACUAGUCUGUUUAUAUUUAGGUAAGUGGACUCAAAAGUCACGGGAAUGCCAAAGGCUUUUUUGAGACUUUGUUGGUGAAUUUUAAUCGCUAUGUACCUCCAAAGUUUCAUUCAUCUUUUAUAUCCAAAGACAGACCUUCAGAAUCUACGCGGCUAGGGUCAGAACUUAGUUUUAAUAAUAGUACGUAUUAUACGUUUUCGAUGAACUAAUUCUUCCACAAUGUAUCAUGGAAUAAACGUUAUAAUUGUCUAUUAUACGUUGUGUAAGCAAAAAUAAAAAAGAAUGGACUCAUCGUACAUACACGAUAAGUGUUCGAUGCCCGGGUUGACCAACAUUUCAUAUUGUACAGGACUUGCUUACUUCCCCAUAACAGAGUAGGUAUACAAUGUGAAAAGGGGAACCCUUCUCAAAAGUUUAAAUACUUUAUAAUGUGUUGUAAUGAAAUUGUUUCGUUUGAUUUAACGAUAUUCGUUCUCAGGCUAGAGUGUAAGUGCAAUAUAAAAAUAGAACGGCAUCAAAAUGGACUUAAUUGAAAAACUAGUUAUGUACAAAAUUGUUGAAUUAAAAUUAUAAUAUUGAGGUAAUAUCCGAUUAUAAGUUAGGGACAUAAGGGAAAUUAAUUUCUUGCAUAACUCGACACUACUGACUCGAAUGACGGCACUUAAUAAGAUUAAUGGCUCUAUUCCGCUAAACAGAGACACCAACUAGGUUAAAGAUUGCAGUUGAGAUAAGAAAGCGUUGGAGGAAACUUAAUCUAAGAUUCAGAGAUAACACACGUUUUAUCUUACUCCGCCCUGUUCCCAAUUAUUUCAAGUCGUCGCCACACUUUAUUUAAAUAAUAAAUAAUUAGGGAACAUAGGGUGCAAGUACUUGGUGCAACCUUUAAUAAUUCUACCUUCACUUUCUUAUUUUGCCUGUUAGAGAAAGAUAGAUAUUAUAGUGCGUGCCAACUUUGUGCGAGCAUUAAGCAGGGUUAAAAAUGAUACAUAUAACGUUGACGCUUAAUAUUUAUAGCCACCUUUUAUCUUUCCUAGUCUUAACGUAUUGAUCCAACGUCGCUGACGCAAGUGUAUUUUGUAUGUAGCUUGCAAAGUAUCUGUAAACUGCAUAACGGGCGCAGUUUUAUCAAUACGAGCCUAUAGUAACGCUCAACGUUGUGUGCCUCAAAUAGUAGAAAAUUGACCCGUGGACGAGUUAGUUACAGAAUGCUGCCAUACAACUUAUUCGCCUCACUGGCCACUUGAGCUAUAUAUUAUUCUAUAAUACUAUGUUAUAGCGAAAAUUGUGAACAAUCAAAUACACUUUAUGUACAUAAAAAUGAAUUAUAUUAUUCGGGUUGUAGAUUAUCUACUGUUUUAAUGUCACAAGACAAGUAACGUUUACGCUUAACCAGUUGAAGCUAAAGAUGCUAUGUCGUCUAUUUUCUAUUUUAUAUACAUAAAAUGAAAUUCCGGUUCUAUAGCAAUAUUAACUAAAUGCCAUUGUACAAAAUGGUAAAUAAUGCUUUACUUAUAUAAAAAUGUUCAAUUGUACCUAUAGUGAGUCCCCAUACCACCAUGAUUGUUUGUAUGUGUAAGGUUGUUGUUUAGAUAUACUUACGUAGAUCGAUCGGGCAUUCAACUAUAAAAUUUAAUUUAUCAACAUCAAGUAAUGUAUAAAAUAAAGCUAGUUUUACAUAAUCAUCUAGCAUUCUUAAUUUUUCUACAAGUUUUGUCAAAUAACUUGAUUUAGCUUGUUUCAUAGAUCGCAUUGCUUGAUUAUGUAACAAGUAGUGUAAAGCAGCAGUCAGACAUAUUUAAGUUAAUUUAUAUGGGAUGGGACUUUAGUACAGCAUCAAUUAACCUCUAAACAUUAGUUGGUAUUGUAAGUAAACAAACAUCUGAACCGGAACGCCAUGCUGUCGAAUACUUUACAAAGUUAAAAUCGUCCCUUCCCAUAUAGAAUCAUAAAUUAUUAAGUAAAAGCUGGCGACUGACCAAAAUUUUUGUGGAGCGUUGAUAUUCAUACGGUAUGGUAUUUGCUCUUCUGAUAAUUUUUCAUUUAGGAUUUCUCAUCUCUGCUUUAUUAGUAAUAAUAAUCCUAAUACCAGAUGAGAAAUCGUGUAUCUCUAACAAACCAAAAAAAAAAAACAUAAUCAUAAUCAGGUACCAAAAAUGUGAUAUCAAUUUUCUUAAUAUUUAUAUCGAUGAUGUUUUAUGUGGCUAAUGUUGAUGGUCUUUUGAUAUCCUACCUAUAACGAAUGGCAUAGUAACUUUCUGAUAUCAAUUUGGUCUGUCGCCACCUAAAUGAGUGAGAAAUUAAUCAGCGAAUAUUUUGAGAACAAAACAUGUUUAUGUGGUGUAUGUAGGUUAUUUGGAAACAUUUUUUGAAAUUCAAAUAUUUACAUUAAAGCUAUUUUGAUAGAGCUUAAAUUGUUGGUGGCAGGAUUGUCUAUUCGCUAUGUAAUUUAGUGUAAGAAACCGAGUGUUUUGUUAGUUCUAUGCCCCUAAGCAGUCUAUAAGAAUUUGCAAUAUGUUGCCUUCGCUUUUUAGUGGAUGCGGUGCGUGAUCAAAUGUCCAAUUAAUAUUAGGAAGUCUUGAGUUCAUCAUUUAAAUUGACGCAGUCUCCUAUGCCUAGGGAUUAUAUUGCAGCAUGUUUUGUUUUUUUUUCAUUCUUGUUGAUUCAUAUGGCUGAAUAUUAUUUUAGAUAUAGUUCUCGGCAAACAUUUUGUCGUCGGAAUUAAGUUGCGAAGCACCAUUGUUUUUUGCGAGAAUUGUACCUAGGUGUGUAUAAAGUAUAUGCGUCAGUCUACAAUUCACAUCAUAAUUAAUUAAAGAUAAAACAGACACUUGAAAAUUAAAUAUAAGAUUUAUUUUGUAAUAAGCUAUUUUAAUCUUAUUAUAAACGUAAACAAGGGAUAAGCUUAUGUAGAGUAUUUAGAAGUAUGUAAUUAAUGAAAGAAACCGUACCUAACUCCAUUUCCUCUUACUAUAUUCACUUGUACCGUACUAAAUUCGGUCUGUUUAUCAAAAAUAUUCUAAGAAGUAGGAAGUGGUAAUCACGAUAAUACACUUAUUUUUGUACGUUCAUAAUUUCUUACAUUAACUGUCACGAUAUUGAAGUGAAAUUACACAGAUUGUAUUCUUAUUCAGGGCAUGUAUAAAACAUUUUGCAUAAAAUCUUAUAGAAACAGCACGAAUUUAGUGACUAACGUAGAUAAUAGUUGAUAGAAAAAUGUGUUGUCAUAAUUCUGUAUACUCCAUUGAUUAAAAAAAAAUUGUCAUCAUGAACUUUAUAAUUAGCUCGUGAUACAAGUAUAAUCAUUAUCUCAGUCAUUAAGAGAAAAGGCUCUGUUACACAUGGUUGUUACUAGUUUAAUUUACAAUAAAUAACAUCAAACAUAAGGCAGCACCUGUUUGUCAUCAGCAUCUCUCCUACUUUAAUAAACAUGUGUCAUGGGCCUCAUAAAUCAAUAGCAGAGGAAUUAGGUAACUACCAUUGUAAAAUCUGGCACCAGCUUUUAAAGAGCUACUCUAUUUUACGUUAAACAUUUUCUCAUUUAAAAUGAAAAAAAAAAAUGAGAAGUGACAAAUUAUAAGUUAAGAGAAAAAAAGGGUCCAUUGUAUAAAAUUUCUUUAAAAUAAGCUUAAUUUUCAGUCACGUAUUUACUAUCUUUAUUUCACAGCAAAUCUGAAGUGGCAAAUUUUUAUUUACUUAGUUGAAACUAGGUGACUUCAUUGACGUUUCAGCGAUAUCAGUUAAAAUAGUUUAUUGACCGUAAUUCCGAACCAGAUUAUCAGCGGUUUUGAAUCAUUUAUCAGUUCCAAGACUGAUAUAUUUUUUUAUAGCUACACGUUGACGAUAAUUUUAAACGAUCAUGAGCAUAUUCAACCAAAAUCGUGCAUAUGACAGGCAAUCUUAUGUUUCUAUGGUGACAAACAAAAGCUGGUGUCAGGUUUGGUUUUAACUUUUCAGCCCUUGUAGAAUCUGAAAAUGUUGUAAGAACUUAAUAUUAUUUAUCCGUAAGCUUAGAUUUACUCGUGGUCUUGUAUAAUUGGUCAUCAAUGCUAAAUAAAAUCACCAUGAUGUCUAUCAAUAAUAUUAGUUGUAUUAUUUAGAAUAACUAGAUUAAAAAAUCGCUGGUAAGUUGAACGUGAUGCAAUGUAAAAACAGCUAUCAUACUGUCUCCCAGGGGUUAUUCAUCAACUCGCCACACAAGUCUCACCACGAAUGUAUCCAGCUGGUGAAACUCAUUUAAGCAUUUUACCCGAAUUCAAGAUUAAAGUACAUUAUUUUGCUAUAAAGUACCUAAGUAAGUAGCUAAUGCAUCUAUCUGGUUUCAAUGAACUUAGGAUUCCCUAGUACUUGUUGUAAGUAGCAGAAUGAAAUUCAAAGUACCUUUUUUAAUGACUGUACUUUUAUCUUGAAUUCGGGUAAAAUGCUAAAAUAAGUCCAGUUGGCGAAAUGAUAAAUGUACAAAUUUAGAGUUUCACCAACUGGACACGAGUUGACGAAUAAUCCUCCCAUAUCGCCCGCCCUUUAAUUAUAAGAUGUUUGAUCAUUUAUAUUAUUUAAAAAUUCAGUGUUUGUUUUUAUAUCUAGUGGUAGCCUACGUACGAACAAACUGCAUUAUUGUAUUCAGGAUAUUUGUGUGUCCUUUAUAUCAAUAAUCAUUUGUAGGUAUGUACUACAAUUUAAGCUUAACUAGUUUACGCCAAUUGUUUUUUUUUUUCGGAAGCAUAUCUACAUAGUUGUUACUAUAGUUAUUUUAUAAACGGACCAUGCAUUGAAUUUCAAUAGCAUAUUUUAAUCCUAUGACUUCUUCAAGUAGGGUUUUCGAUUUACAUAGAUUAUUCAAAUUUCUUCGUGCAGGGUAACCACGAUUCUGGGUUCGAUAAAUGGAGCAUCGGAUGUUUGAGUAUUGUGAAGUAGCGCUCAAUCUGCGUUAUAUUUACUAAAAUUGUGUAAUUAAAUGUUCUCUACCCUAA